GUAAUAAUCUCUCCUGAUGUGAUAAUGGCUAUUUAUUUAUUUAUCUAUUUUUCAUGAGAAGAAGAUGCCUCUUACCUAUGUGUGACUAGAUGACACAAGUAGAUAAGGUUGGCUUCCAUCGAUAUCCUACAGUAGAUGCGCUCAGUACAAGGCUUUUUUUAGCUCUUUUUUCACUAUUUCAUAACUCCCAUUACUGGUUUCGCCCAUAGUUUCAUUGCGGUUUUGUCUCAUUAGAUAUCCCGUGUGCUCUCCUUGAACGAGUAUUAGCUAAAAUGCCAUCUUCCAUGGCUGCCUGCUGAUGUAUAUAUAAGGUGUUUGGGAGAUGUCCCAUAACCUUAUUCUAUAUUUCUCCUCGGCAGCUCAAGCAAUCUGUAUUUAAGCAGCAAUGGGUUCUCUAAUGGCAGGUUGGGAUGCUCCUGUCCUCGAUCCAGACACAGCUAGAAUUGAAAGGAACAAAUCACUUACACAGGAAGAGAUCAGAGCCUUUCAAAGACUUCAUGAAUGCUCCCAGCAUGAUGGAAAGCAUAAAGGCUUCACAGUCCUGAAAUCCUCAGACAUAUAUGAGCUUUUACAGAAAGGCGAGGUUGAGGAAGGCAACAGAACUGCAGACUGGUGGACAAAGAGUGACUGGGCAUUUCUUAAUGAGCCACCACUGGAUGAAACUGAAAAGACAUACAACUAUGCCUCCCAGUUCCAUGUUGCUGAGAUAGCCACCAAAAAGGAUCUGUAAAUAUGUUUCAAGUCCAUGUAUCAU